GUGAAUUCUGAUAUAAUAUAUAAAAGCAGACAUAAAAGCUUACAUAGACUCCAUUCUUCAAUGUUUAGAAUAAAAAUGUACAGAAAUAGAUAGAAGUUGGUGAUUUUGGGGUUAGUGGGAGGAAGAAUGUGAAAUGACUGAAUGGGCAUGGAGGUUCUGACUUGAGAUGAUAAAAAUGUUCUGGAACUAGACUGUGGGGAUGGUUACUAACAUAAUACUACUUCAUUGAUAGUUGAAAUAAUUUAAAACGUUAUGUGAUAAAUUUUACGUUAAGUGAUAUUGCCAUUAUACAAGUCUUCUAAAAGUAUUUGCCUAGGCAAAGAUACAGAUUCAAGAUAUUACCCUUUGGGAGACUCUAUCUAUCCAUCUAUCUAUCCAUCUUGUAUCUAUUAUCCUAUCUAUCUAUCUAUCUAUCUAUCCAUCCAUCUUGUAUCUAUUAUCCUAUCUAUCUAUCUAUCUAUCUAUCUAUCUAUCCAUCUUGUAUCUAUUAUCCUAUCUAUCUAUCUAUCUAUCUAUCCAUCUUGUAUCUGUUAUCCUAUCUAUCUAUCUAUCUAUCUAUCUAUCUAUCCAUCUUGUAUCUAUUAUCCUAUCUAUCUAUCUAUCUAUCUAUCCAUCUUGUAUCUAUUAUCCUAUCUAUCUAUCUAUCUAUCUAUCCAUCCAUUGUAUCUGUUAUCCUAUGUAUAUUUAUAAUACUUCUAUCAUCUAUCACCUAUCAAUUGAUCGAUUGAGAUAUUGCAUCAAACACACUAGAAAUCAUAAUAGAAAAUAUUACAUUGCUUUUCCAAAGACUCUAGGGUUAAAUGAAGAAAUAAGCAAUGACCAGUAGGAGGCACUCACAUGUAUUUCAGGCUAUACCAGUGAAUUCCCAGUGUUAAACCCAGUAAAAUACCAUAUAUUCUUGGAAUGCAAUGCUUUGUUUCAAAUUACUGUUGAGAUGAAAGGCAUUGUUUUUUGAAUUAAAUGGAUUUAAACUCUAGCUUCUCUAAUAUAGUAUCAGACAUGGAGUGUCAUGAAAUUUACAAUGACCUCUGAAGUCUCAGUUUCUAGUACAAUGCGGAUGACAUCUAAUUCGAUAUAAGUGAAUUUAAUUUGAAAACUAUUAUUGGACUCAGCAAAUGUUAGAUGUUCAACACGAUAGUUCUUUGUAGGACAAGUUUAUAUGUACUUUUCCUUUUUUAUUUCUAUGGGUACCUAUGUGUGUGGAGACCUGAGGUCCUGCGUCUCCUUCAAUCAUUCCCCAUCUCAGUUUUUGAGACAGAGACUCUUAAUGAUCUUGGAGCUUGCAGAUUUGGCUAGAGUAGCUGACCAGCAAGUCACAGGAUCUGGCCUCUGUCUCCUAAAUUCUGGGAUUACAGGUCUGCCAACAUCAUGGCAGCCGGCUUUGGAAAACACACGUGGGCUCUGAGGGAUUGAAUUCAUGAUUUCACGGCAAGCACUGCAUGGGCUGAGCCAUCAUGGCCCCGAGCCCUACAUGCACUGGAAACAUGUAAUUCUCUAAUACACUUUGCAGUGUUGGAAGGAUGACCAGAGGCAGUCUUCGGGCAUGCCGACUCAGUACAGGCAAAAAUGGUUUGAAAAUGGUAACUUCACGGUGGGACUCUCAAUCCCUACUUCAAAUCUCUUCCAAGAAUUCUGUAAACUUUUCCUAGAAAACAAAACAAACAAACAAACAAACACCCCCCCCCCAACAAACCAGCAACAACAAAAAAGUAAUUCUAUCUUUCUGUGAAACUCAGCUCAGCGUGCGCGCGUUCACUAAGUUUAGCACUCUGGAGGAAGUGUCUUAAGGGCAAAGAAAGGUUAUUGUGUUUUUGAAGUUUAUAGCAAAGCAAGUGAGAAAAGACCAGAGACUAAAAAAGUGAGUCAGUCUCAUUUCUUUCAUCAGACUCCAUUGCUGACUUUAGUUCGGUCCAAGGACACCAAGCCGUUGGGCCUUGUAGGACAAAGUUGCUCUGAUAUCCAGCCAAGGGAUAAAGAAAUUGACAUAAAGACUCAAAGGAAACCAUGACUCUUGCAAAACAAAAGACAAAGGGUGUAGGAAGGAUCAUAAUUCAAGUGGGAAGCCUGCUCGAUAGUCCCAGCUCAGCACAAGGCUUUCCGCGUCUCCUUGACUUCAGUCGGUUAGAUGUCAGCCGCACGUAAGGCAGCGUUGCCAAGGGGUGUGAAGAAAACACUUAACUCUAAAACCUAUUCCCUGAUCCUCAAGGAGCUUACAACAGCGUUGGAGAGAUUAGCGGGGUAACUAACACUUGAGGGCGGUCAAUGAAACGUGAAAAACGAGUUGGCAGAAGCCUUGGAGGAGGAAAGAAUUCACAGUUCUGGAUCACUGGGGGCUGGGGGCUUGUCAGGAAGGCUUUAAGACGAGGGAUGUAAAGUAGGCCCUCGGCGGAGCUAGGGCGUUAGGAGGGCGGGAAAGUCAGGCACUUCGGACUCGGGACAGUGGAGGCGCCAGCAAUGAACUUGCUGGUCGAGCCUCCGCCGGCCCGGCGCGCAUGCGCAGAUCAGCUCAGCCGCCCGCGCUCGGAGCUGGGCCCGCGGCAAGCCCACUAGGAACCGCGAUCGCCGGACCAGGCGGGAAAAGCUCCGCGCAUGCGUAGGACGGCAGGCCAGGCUCCCCAGGAUGGGGAAGGGAAGGUGGAGUUUUCAAGCGGGAACUUGACCCGUUAGGCGCCGCGGCCAUGGCGGCGCGCUCGCCGUCUUCCUCGCCGCCUCCGCCCCCGGUGCGGCGGUCCAGCCGGCGGUCCCUGCGCGUCGGGCGCGGAGCCGAAGUGCACGCUGUGCGCAGCGAGGCCUCGGGUCUGGCGGGCGCCGCGAGGGAGGUCGUCGCGGAUAAAAGCGACUUACUUUGGAGGGGCGAAGAAGGGUCAGGGGGACGGCGAGGGUCGGGGCGGGCCGGGGCCGCUGUCGCUCCUGUCGCCAGCGCGCCCGCGGGUUCCUGGUGGCCAGAGGGCCUCUCCUCGGAGGAGGCGAAGGCGACGCGAUCGCAGCUGCUGGAGGAAGAGCUGAGCAGCCUAAAGGAGGAGCUGGCCCUGUGUCAGGCUGACAAGGAAUUUGUAUGGUCUCUGUGGAGGCGUCUUCAGGCAACAAACCCAGAUCUCACUCAAACUGUCAGUUUGGUUGUGGAAAGAGAAAAACAGAAAUCUGAAGCCAAAGACAGAAAAGUUCUGGAAAUUUUACAAGUCAAAGAUUCUAAAAUACAAGAAUUGGAGCAGACUGAAUCUGUACUAAAACAGGAACUACAUGACCUUGUAAAACUGAAGACUCUGGUUGAUGAAGAAAAUGCUUUCUUGAGGAAAGAAUUAUGUGAUUUACAGAAGAAAUUUAAAGAUAAAAGCCAAGAAGUGAAGGACGCCAAGGAGUGUGUACAGAGUAAAGAAGAGCAAAACAGAUUGGUUAUAAAAAACCUGGAAGAGGAAAAUGAGAGAUUACGAACACGCUGCACUGACCUGCUAAAUGACCUGGAGAAACUGAGGAACCAGGAAGCACACUGGAGAAAAGAGAAACACAGUGUGGACACGAGAGUAAAGGUCCUUGAAGAAAAUUUGAUUGAAGCAAAGAAAGAAAUUGAGUCAGCACAGACUAAAUAUAAUGUUGUGUCACAACAGCUGAAUAACAAACAGGCUGAACUUCUCCAAAAAGAUAUGGAUAUUACAUUGAUCAGGAAAGAGCUGCAGGAGCUGCAGAACGUGUACAAGCAGAACAGUGCCCACACAGCCCAGCAAGCAGACCUGAUCCAGCAGCUCCAGGCUCUCAACAUGGACACGCAGAAAGUCCUGAGGAACCAGGAAGACGUCCACACGGCCGAGAGCAUGUCAUACCAAAAACUUUAUAAUGAAUUACAUAUGUGUUUUGAAACUACAAAAUCAAAUGAAGUUAUGCUCCGACAAAGUGUUGUUAAUCUUCAAGGCCAACUGUUUCAAAAAGAACAAGAAAAUGUAAAAUUAAAAGAAAAACUUGAGGAAUCACAAGGAACAGCACCCUCUUUAUCACCACACGACAGUGAUUCAAGCCACUCAGGAAAGGCACCGUUAUCAACCUUGGAAACAUUGAUGAUCUCACAGAAGUCUGAAAUUGAAUAUUUACAGAAGAAACUGAAAGUGGCAAACGAAAAGUUGAUGGCGAAUAGAUCUUGUGACCAGGAUUUCUCAGAGAAGGGGACUGAAGGAAAACACAAGGAACCACCUGUGAAACGCUCAAGGUCUUUGUCCCCAAAGAGCAGUUUCAUGGGCUCCGAGGAGCUAAGGAAGCUUAAAAAGGCUGAAAGAAAGAUUGAAAACUUGGAGAAGACGCUACAGCUAAAGAGCCAAGAAAAUGAUGAGCUAAGAGAUGCCCAUGAAAAACGCAAGGAGAGACUACAGAUGUUACACACCAACUACAGGGCAGUAAAAGAGCAAUUAAAACAGUGGGAAGAAGACAGUGGCAUGGCUGAAUCCAGACAAAUGAAGCGAGCAGAGCCUCACCAGCUCCGACAAGAAGACUCUGAUGCUGUGUGGAACGAACUGGCAUAUUUCAAAAGAGAAAACCAGGAGUUGAUGGUUCAAAAGAUGACUCUUCAAGAUGAAUUGGAUGAGCUUAAAAUGCAUAUGUCCAUUGAUAAAACAACAAUACAGGAAUUGAAUAGGUGCAUGGCAGAGAAAAGAGAAGAACAACUCUUUAGACAGCAUGAAGACGCUGAGGUCAAGAAGAGUACUCCAGAGAAGAAUGAGAAAGCAAUAUCGGAAGAGACAUUACAGAAGGUCAUUGAGUUGGAAAAUCGGCUAAAAUCUUUUGAGAAAAACUCAAGAAAAUUAAAAGAAGAGAGUAAGAGAUUAAAGAAAGAGAAUGAUUUCCUUAAAUCCCACUUAAAACACUAUCAAGAAGACUCGGAGGCGAGAGAGAAGGAGCUAGAACAACUACUGAGGGUGAGCAAAGAUGUAGAACAUGACAAAAGUGAGCUUCAAACAAAAAUCACUGCUCUGGAGACAGAAGUCACUACCCUGAGGAGACAAGUGACAGAAGCUAAGGCUUUGAGAGGCAAAGAUGAAGAGGUGGUGUGCCCAGAGGAAAGAGCACACCGCCCAACAGACAAAGCUAAAUCUGAGAUGGCCACCACAGAUGUGAGAGCCCGGCGCUGUGACUGCAAGACAGCCACUACCAAGGUGAAAUUUAAAGCUGCCAAGAGAAAGUGCUCAGUGGGUCGCCACCACACAGUUCUCAAUCACUCCAUCAAGGUUAUGAGCCACGUGGAGAACCUCAGCAAGGACGGCUGGGAGGAUGUGAGUGAAGGCAGCAGUGAUUCUGAAACACAAACCUUUCAAAAUUUGGGAACAAUUAUUGUGGAAACAUCCCAGAAUAUAAGCCCUAUCGAAGAUGGUAGAAACCAGAAAGAAAUUGACCAAACAGAAGGCAGCUGUGCUCAACAAAGAGCUAUGCAGACGUACUCAUGUGAGGACAUCAAGGCCCCGCAGAGUAUUUCUCAUAAUAAGAACACCAAGAAAAUGACAUUUCAAAAGAAGAGUGGAAGCCUGCAGAAGAGCUUGCACAGUGCCCUUCCUGCCAGAGUUAACAGAGAAAAGUGCAAAAAUCUACCUGCCCAGAAAUCCAGUAGCAGCACCAUUUCAUUACGAGAACGGAUCGUAUCCUUGCAGCAACAGAACAGUUUGCUUCAGAACGCCAGGAGAGCAGCAGAGGCGUCUGCUAAGGAGUAUAAAGAAGCGAACGAGAAGCUCCUCCAUCAACAGCAGGUCAGCGAUCACCGAUUCCAGACCAGCAGACAGACAAUAAAGAACUGUACCCUGUUCUGCUCCUGUCCCUCAGCACUGCUUCUAAUGUAUGUGGCUACCCAAUGUGUUUUUACUCGUGUGGCACAGUGUCCUGUCAUUGUUUCGUUCUGUGGCUCAUUCUCUUUCAGUGUUUCACUCUUUGGAGCUGCCCAAAUCAGUUUCUAUGAAACUUUAACAUUGGGAAGUGAUUGGUGAGUAUUUCAGUCUUUUUUGUAAACCCUGUUCUUGUCUAUUUUGAGUCUUUAGAAUAUUUUGGGUUGGCCCCUGUUCUAUUGUUCUAAUAAUUCAUUUUUGGACUUAAAAAUGUUUACCCAGGUCCCCUGCUGGGGAAGCGCACUCACUUUCCUCAGAAUUGCCUUGCAGCUUCUUCCCUAUGCUCUGGUCAAUCCCUUCCCAGCGAGAAGGCUCAAGAGCAGAGUUGUAUAUGGGCAUUGAUGCUGAGCAGGGUGGUGUAUGGGCAUUGAUUCUGACCUUAGUUUGGGGAAUAGAAUAAAAUCAGGGUGUUAUGUGGGCAUUGAUGCUGCCCUUAGUUUGGGGAAUAGAAUAUAUCAUGGGGAUGCAAGGAAAGAAACUGGUCAGUGUUUACAAACUGUCCUGAGGGCAAGAGCAGCUCCCUUUGU